AUGACAAUAUGGAAUGACAUCAGCAGCUGUGCAGAACUGGCUCUCCCCGUGUAUGCCCCAGACACAAGCAUCCUCUGCAUGGAAAAAUAUGAUGCAGAAGUCUUCUAUGAGAUGAUUCUUCAUGGUAAACAAAUGGUGCUUCACCUGAAAAGGACAGAGGACCUUGUAUCCCCAAACUACAGUGAAACACAUUACUCCCAAGGAGGGGAGGAGAUCACCACGAAUCCUCAGUUAAUGGAUCAUUGUUAUUACCAAGGACAUAUUCUUCAUGAAAAGGACUCUGCUGCUAGCAUUAGUACCUGUGACGGCUUGAGGGGAUACUUCAGGAAGCAUGACCAAAGGUAUCUCAUCGAACCUCUAGAGCACUCUGAUCAGGGAGAGCAUGCCAUCUUCAAAUAUGACCACAAGAACCAAGACACAAGCAAUGGGAGCUGUGUGGUGGACAACUUUUCCAAGACAGACGCCAUCACUCAGGCCUCCAUGUCUGGCCUCAGUUUAGAAAUGCAGAUGUACCUAAAAGAAAAGAAGUAUAUUGAACUCUUCAUUGUUGCUGAUCAUGCCUUGUACCGAAGACACAACCAUCUGCAGAAAUGGCUGCGUACCCGAAUUUUCAGCAUGGUCAAUUUUGUCAACAUGCUUUAUAAAACCUUGAAUAUUCGAGUGAUCUUGGUUGGUCUUGAAAUGUGGACAAAUGGAGAUAAAAUAGAAGUCAGUUCAAACCUGGGUACUACCCUCCUUUACUUUGGUGGCUGGCAGGAGACAACCUUGAAAAAAAGAAAGAAUUUUGAUCAUGCUCAGCUACUCAGUGGAAACUGGCUCUCACAGACUGCUCAGGGAACAGCAUACCCCUGGGGGAUGUGUGUGCCCUACCACUCCUCUAGUAUUGUAAAGGAUCACUUACAUGACACCAACAUGGUGGCUGACAAAAUGGCCCACGAGCUGGCUCAUAGCCUUGGAAUGCGGCAUGACACUUAUUCCUGUACUUGUACCUAUGGACGAUGUGUGAUGGAUGGAGGAGGAAGCAUCCCCUCCCAAGGAUUCAGCAAAUGCAACCGGAACCAAUAUCGUCAAUAUCUCCUGGAUUACAAGCCGAUGUGCAUCCUUAACGUUCCACUCUCUAAGGACAUAAUUAUGUUCCCAAAGUGUGGGAACCAGAUAUUAGAAGUGGGAGAGGAGUGUGAUUGUGGCAGCUUGGAGGACUGUACCAAUGUUUGCUGUGAGUCCAAGAAGUGUACCCUGAAGCCUGGAAGUGCCUGUGGAGGGGGAGAAUGCUGCGAGUCUUGUAAGAUUAAGAAAGCUGGAGCCCUGUGCAGAACAGCCAAAGAUGAGUGUGAUCUGCCCGAGGUGUGUGAUGGCUUCUCCCCUAAGUGCCCUGUGGACCGAUUCCAAGUGAAUGGAUUUCCAUGCCAAAACUCCGAAGGCUAUUGUUUCAUGGGGAAAUGCCCCACUCGAGACAGUCAGUGUUCUGAGAUGUUCAAGGAUGAGGCUAAAAGCGGUCAUGAUAUCUGUUAUGAAAAAAAUAAAGGAGGACAUAAAUUUGGUUACUGCAAAAAGGUGGACAAUAGAUUUAUUCCCUGCAAUGAAAAAGAUCUUAAAUGUGGGAAGAUAUACUGCACUGGAGGCCAGUACUUUCCAACUUACGGGGAGGACAAAACCUACCACCUUAAGGUUCCAGAGAAGAAUAUUACAGUGGAAUGCAAAACAUUCUUCCCGUUCCAAUACACAGAAGAUAUAGGCAUGGUGGCUUCAGGAACAAAAUGCGGGGAUGGAAAAGUGUGCAAAAAUGGUGAAUGUGUGAAUAUUGAGACAGUCUAUGACUCCACCAAUUGCUCUUCCCAGUGCACAGGAAAUGCUGUUUGUGAUCAUGAACUCCAGUGUCAAUGUGAAGGGCUGACACAUCCCAAUUGUGAGGACACCGAGUUUACUACCAAUGUCUCUAUUGUGGCUGGAGUGCUGACCGUGGUUCUGGCCACAGUUGUGAUUGCUGUUUUGUUUGUCCAUCGCCAAAAGGCCAGUAAGCAGAAGCAAGUUCAUGGUCCUCCCACCACCACACCUGCAGUGGACAAUCAAGGGCACUCAAGUGAGGAGCCACAGCAGACCAGGACUGAGCCUGUUGUUUACACUCAAGAUGUGCCAAAGAUGAAGCCGAUCGCAUUUGCUGAAAUCUCGCUGUCGUCUCGGAAAAUGGCAUUUAAAAAGUACAUGGAUAUUAUUGCUGGCAACAGGAUUGGGAGAGCUGAGAAGCAAAGGGGCGGGGGGGGGGAGAUAAAUAAUCUUCUAAGUACAGCAAUGAGCAAAUUGGAUGACUGGAGAAUGAGACCGCACCGACGCCGUUUAGAUGAGAAGUAA